AUGCAAAGAAAUUUUAUUAAAAAAUGCAAAGUUUGUGGGGCAAAAGAACAUGUUUAUUUUCAUUAUGGAGUUUGUACAUGUAGGGCUUGUGGGGCUUUCUUCAGGCGUUAUCUUGCAAACGAAAAUGAAUGGAAAUAUAAUAAAUGUAAAUGUUCAUAA